UUACAGGCGGUUGAGAGACUAAGUGCUAGGGAUGUACACCUGCUAAGUAGUCCCAAAUACCUUUGAAGAAACACUAAAUUUCUUAUUAGUCUUCCUGCUUGUUCAGAAGAAUUUUACUGCUCUGAUUUCCUCCCGGGAUAGCAGCUUCCUGGUCUGGGAGCAUAUCACUCAAGACUGCCUGCUUUGCUCCCAAGGUGGGCUGAGUUAUUGUCUUACUUUUUAACUAAUUGGGUUUCAAGAUGGAAUCCUUCCUGUUUUUUACUAUGUUGUUUUGGGCUUGCAUGCUACAUUGCCCAAGUUGCAACAAAUCAUUUGUUUAGAGCUGGAGGAAGAAAAGCUAAGGGCUGUGGGGUUUUCAGGGCCUGAGUGAUGCCCAUUCCAGUGGGUAGUGAGACUGAGGUGGACUUAGUCCAGUUUUCUCCCCUCUUUCCCUCUGCUUCUCAUGCCCUCCUCUGCCAACAUCUCCUGCACCUCUCUGCGGUUCUACAACCUUCCAUUGAUGCAGCAGCUAAGCCUUCUCUCUCCAGUCAAACUUCAAUCUUGCUGGGCACUCCCAGUCAUAGUGGAGGCCUGCUACUGCCUGGCCCUUGGGCAGGAGGAGGUGGCUGACUUGCCACUCUUCUGUGUCCAGCGGAGGCAGGAGGCCCUGGGACAUGGGGGUACUUGCUUGGUACCUCCCAAGCUCAAAGAAUGUGCCUGUGAGAAGUGCAGGGAGCUGCUGAGGCCAGGUGAGUAUGGAGUGUUCGCAGUGCAUGCAGGAGAGCGGUGCUGCUGGCACCAGGCUUGUUUUGUCUGCCAGGCCUGUGGCCAGGCCCUGAUAAACCUCAUCUACUACCGUGAUGGGCAUCUCUACUGCAGCCAUCAUCACGCACAGCUGCUGUGGCCUCGUUGCCCAGCUUGUGACCAGCUGAUCUUCUCCCCACAGCGCACCGAGGCGGAGGGGCUGCGCUGGCACGAGAACCACUUCUGCUGCCAGGACUGCGCCAGGCCCUUGGGCAGGGGACGUUAUGUCCUGCAGGGGGGUGGAGGCCCCUGCUGCCCCAGCUGCUUUAAGAGUCGCUAUUCUGAUGUCAGCUCGAGCCCGGCCCCGACACUGGAGGGUACGGCUUCCCUUGGAGAGGAGAGGCUCGACAGAAGUGAGAGAGGGGACUGCGCCAAGCUGAACGCCGAGACUUUCUCCCAAGCAGCCCUUCUCGCCGUUGCGGAAAGCUCGGGUCUGCAAACCCAGGGGGCGCUGCGUGGAUCGAGGCCACAACAGCAGGUUAAAGCUGGGGGCAAGGCGGCGGCACCCAAAGGAUGGGAACAGGACUGUCUGGAGACGCCCCUUGAUCUCAAGGAGGACGCCUCCUGCCCCACGUGUUCCUUUUCCUCUGACUUUUUCUUAGGCUUUUUCUUAGGCCAGCGCUUUCCUGGGCCCUGGCCGACCCCCGGAAGCCUCCAAGCUGAGGACAGCGACACGUCCAGGAAGCACUGUGCCAUUUGCUAGUGGCGCAGUCCAGAGAUGGGGACGGUGUGUGGGGGGUGAUCUGUAAGGCGGUAGAGCGAGGCACU